AUGCGUGCGCGCAGUGUACUCGCGUUUUGUGCUUUCAUCGUCACUGUACGAUCCACGUUAAGAACGGAUCGUCAGUUCUGGACCGACCUCGCACACAAUGAGUUAGAAGAAGCCCUGAAGAUAAAAUGGAACCUGAAUCCUGCAAAGAACGUGAUCCUGUUCAUAGGAGACGGCAUGGGGCCGAACACUGUGACAGCAGCCAGGAUAUACAAGGGCGGGGAGAGCCACAGGCUGGUCUAUGAGAAGUUCCCUCAUAUGGGACUUUUGAAGACAUAUUCAGCAAAUAAGAUGGUGCCCGACUCAGCUUGCACUGCGACCGCCAUGUUCAGCGGAGUGAAGGUCAAUCAGGAUACAGUAGGAGUCGACGCUUCGGUUCAGCACAGGGACUGCGAAGCAGGUCUCAAGGCCGAGGCUAGAUUGAAGUCCCUCGCAGCUUUAGCCUUGGAAGCUGACAAGAGUGCAGGUUUCGUAACAACAAUGCGAGUGACGCACGCGACCCCCAGUCCUCUGUACGCGCACAGUGCGAGCCGCAGCUGGGAGUGUGAGGCCAGGCUGCCAGACAACUCUCCCUGCAAGGACAUCGCCAGACAACUUGUCGAGGAUUGGCCUGGACGAGAUUUGCAAGUCAUAAUGGGAGGAGGCAGGCAGCAGUUGGUGUCGAACGCAACUGGCACCGAGCAGGACCCUAUAAAUCUAAGUCCGUGGACUUGCUACCGGCAAGAUGGACGGAACCUCAUUGAGCAGUACAAGACGGACAAACAGACACGAGGUUUUAAACAUAGCGUGAUCAUGAACAAUAGGGAGCUAGCAGAGUUGAACGUUAAUGAAACGGAUUAUUUACUCGGAAUUUUCUCGAACGAGCACUUGAGCUACGACCACGAGAGAAACAAGGGACCUGAUGGCAUGCCCUCACUGUCCGAGAUGGUGGGAGCCGCCAUCAAAGUCCUGCAGAAGAAUAAAAAGGGAUACUUCCUUAUGGUAGAAGGUGGCAAUGUAGACAUGGCUCAUCACAGAGGCUGGGCCAAAGUCGCUGUGAACGAAGCUGUAGCUAUGGAGGAAGCUGUCCAACUCGCAGCCGACAUGACUGAUGCGGAAGACACCCUGCUCGUCGUCACCAGCGACCACACGCAUACAUUGUCUAUAAACGGCUAUCCAGAUCGAGGGUCCAGUAUUUUUGGCAUAGCUCAACCCUCAAGCCAUGAUGGCAUAAACUACACAACGCUAUCGUACGGCACGGGAGGUCCAGGGUCAUUCCAGUUCUACGUGCAAACUGACACCACUGGCAGCCAUGUGAUGAGACGAGAACCUAGCAAGGAGGACACGGAGCAGUACAACUACACCCAGGUCGCUGGUAUACAGCUCGUGGAGAAUUACCAUGGAGGUGGCGAUGUCGCUGUCUAUGCUAGAGGUCCCUAUUCCCAUUUAUUCCACAACGUCCACGAGCAGCACUAUGUGUUCCACGCGAUAUCCUACGCAGCCAAGCUCGGGGCCUACUCCAGCAGCACAAGUCUUCAAGUGAACGUCUUCCAUCUGGCCAUCAUCACAGCCAUCAGCUUCUUCAUGCUGUGACGACGCAAAACGAAAUAGAUUUGAAGUUUUCAUAGAUUACGUUAAACUUUAAAGUAAUUUUAUGUUCCUUUUUUAGGAUAACCCCUUUUUAUGUGACAAUUUCAUUGUCAAAUACGAGUUUUUAGUAGUUUUGAAACGAAUUUCAAUGGGAUAAAUACAGUUAGCCGCAUUUGUUCAUAGUUAACCAUCAGAGAAAUUAUUCCACACAAAUAUUGAUUGCUCUUUAAAAAACGUAAAAGGGGUUCACAUUGUUAGGUCAUUUUCUACUUUGUUAUUUAUUUAAUUUAAUUUCAAUAACAACUAUACAUGUACGUGGUUCCUUUUGCAUUUUACUGGUGCAUUUUUGAACAAAACUUUAUAUAAAAUAUCUUCUGUGAUAAUCAAACAUUUACUAACAACUGCAGCCAAAGAUUAAUGUGAAUACAAACACAAUAUUUCACUAUUAACUACUUUAUUGCAUCAUGUCAUAAUAAAUAAGAAAAUUGUAACAGUUGUAUAAAAGAUUUGUACAUAAAUGUAUCACAAAAUAAACGCGUCGUUACAGUGUUUCAGUGAAACAGAAUGUGAAGUCGAACAAGUAAAAAAAUGUAAUUUA